AUGUUGCUCCUAGUGGCCGGAGGGUGCAUCACGGUUUUCGUGCUCUAUCUGGUGGUUGGAAGGUACACUUUAAAUCGCCUUAUUUCCUUUAUUCUCAAUUGGUUCCUAGUCCGACGAUACCCAGUUCAGCAUCUCAAAUGGGGUACACCACUCCCAACAUGCCCUUACGUCUGGCCUAACGGGCAAGGGGAUAUCGGCAAGUUCCUCGAAGGUAUUGAAAACAGCGAAGACUGGCGGCAGCAAUAUGGGAGUAUCUACCGUAUCUGGGCAGGAAUGACACCCGAAGUCGUCCUCACGAAACCGGAGCAUAUCAAAACUGUUUUCCGAGACUCCGACAAACAUCUCAAAGCUGUGAACAACAAUUCAGGGUAUCUUAUGAGCCGGAUCCUUGGUAAAUGUGUGGGACUUAUUAGCGGUGAAGAAUGGAGAUGUCUUCGGAUAGUAAGCGAGACAGCAUUCACACGAUCCAGCAUGUCGAACCAUGUGAGCUUUAUUCAUGAGCGGGUCAAGCGGCACCUACAAGAACACGAAAGCAGCUGGAAAUUCAGUAACUACGGUCUUAUAGACCCCGUGGAAGACUUGAAGAUGCUUCCCUUCUUCAUUGUUGCAGAGAUAAUCUAUGGCCCUCUUUCUCCCUAUAUGGAGCAAGAGCUGCGAGAUAUGGUACCAAUACGCGAAGGGCUGUUCAAACACGUUAUCCGUGGCGGCCUUAGUCGAUUCCGGUUGUCUAGGUACCUGCCUACAGCAGCUAAUAAAUGUCUGAGAUCCUUUGAAACCAAAUGGCAAGAAUUCAAUCAAUCGGCAUAUCAGCGAGCAUUAGACAUGUCCUUACUUGAUGCCCCUGUCGUCCAUUUAUUCGAAUCACUUAGGGAAGGGACAAUCACUUCCGAUCAUCUAUACCAUACACUAGACGAAUCGCUUUACGCUAACCUUGACGUGACAAUGGGCGGUUUGUCGUGGAACCUUGUCUUCCUGGCAUAUAACCAAGAAGUCCAAAAGCGACUACGCUCAGAGAUCCAAUCCAUACAGAACGCAAAACAGCACAGCAUGCAUGGAUACCUUACUAGCUCGACUUCUUUUCUUAAUGCGUGUAUCUUAGAAUCCUCCCGAUUAAAACCACUUGCUGCCUUCUCAGUGCCGCAGUCAGCACCAACAGAUCGAAUUAUCGAUGGUUAUCAGAUUCCAGCCGGGACCAAUUACGUGGUGGAUACCUACGCUCUCAACAUUAAGAACGAUUUUUGGGGGUCCGAUACAGAUCACUACCGACCUAAUAGAUUUUUGGACGUGAAUAGUACCGAAGCACGGUACCACUUCUGGCGGUUUGGAUUUGGGCCACGCCAAUGUAUGGGCCGGUAUGUGGCGGAUCUAAUAAUACGGGCACUGUUGGUAGAAGUCAUUGGCCGAUGGGAACUGCAUUUGCCUAAGGAUAGAGCCAAGGAAACCUGGAACCGGGAUCGAGAGAGCUGGAUUACGCAUCCGACGAUACAGCUGGUUUGUGUGCCGGUGUCAUCAACAGAGAAUAGAUAUUGA